UCAGGAGGAGGCGGAGACUCGAACGGAAACAACACUGAAGACCGACCGACAGUCCCCGUAGAGACGGUACCGGAUCCCUGAAGAGUUGUGUUGAGUUUUCAUCUGUUCUGGGAUCAGCUGAACGUCAUUAGAAGCUGCUGAAGAUACAAGAAGUUGGAACACAUAGCUUAACUUCAUACACCAGGAGCCCUCUGCUUUUCCAAACUGGGAGUUUGCCAAUCACCAUCUACUAUGGUUCUAAGGCUAAUUGCGAGGCAGAGGUCAGCUGUUGUCUGGGCACAUCUGCGAUCACGCCACUGGUGGGACACAAUUGUACCGGAUUUCAGACGUUCACUGGUCAUGUCUCGGACUCCUCCGAUUGUCUCCGUCCUCCCGACUCGAGGUCUGGUGGACGAGAAGUUCAAGGUCCUUGUGGAGAAUCUGCCUCCAGGACGUCCGGUGACCGUUCGCUCCCUCCACCGCUCUGAGGAUGAUCACUACUGGGAGGCUUUCGGGUUCUACACGAGUGACCACAGAGGAACCGUCAACGUAUCAAAAGAUCAGAGUGUUGGAGGCACGUACACUGGAAAAGAGCCAAUGGGUUUGUUGUGGAGCAUGUGUCCCGUCCCAGGCAGCCGCAAAGGCUUCAGGUUAAGAAAGUCAGAUGUGUGCAGUCCCAUGCUGGUCAACAUCUCGGUCCACAGUGGACAUGAAGGCUUCAGGGAUCAAGCUCCUCUGGCCUCGGUGCUGAUAGAGAGAUGGUACAUGGCUCCAGGUGUCAAGAGGAUUGAUGUCCGAGAGAGGGGACUGAAAGGGACUCUGUUUUUACCUCCAGGUCCAGGACCCUUCCCUGGGAUUCUGGACCUUUGGGGAGGUGGUGGAGGGCUGGUGGAGUAUCGCUCUGCUUUGUUGGCAUCUCACGGUUUCGCUACAAUGUCGCUGGACUAUUUGAGUUGCGGCCAGCCGGUAUUCACUUAUGCUGAGACUGCAUUUAAUUUCAUCAAGGACCAUCCUCAAGUGGUUGCAGACAGAGUUGGAAUUGUUGCGCUUUGCAUCGGCUCGCUUCCAGCGCUCUACUUAGCAACUGACAGCACUGUUGUCAAGCCUUGUUGUACUGUUUGCAUCAGCUGUUUCGCCAUUUAUCCAAGCGACAGGGUUGUCGCGGGGUCGUUUGAAGAACUUACCUCAAUUUCUGGCAACGUACCUGUGGAUGAGAACAACCAUGAGAUGUGGAAGUAUGUCGGUCUGGAAAUUAUGUCUGGCUCUCCAAAGAAAGCAAAUACAGGAAAAUUAACAACUCCGCUGUUGCUGGUCACCGGCUGUGAUGAUCAGAAUGCGCCUUCAGUCGAGAUGGCUGAAGAUAUAACUCAGACGAUGCGUGCAGCCGGGAACGACCACCUGCUGAGCAGACUGGACUAUCCUGACACCGGACAUCUGAUCGAACCGCCUUUUUCACCUCAUUUCAGGUCGACUAAAUUUGUGACUGCCGAUAAAAGGAAAGUGAUGAUACUGUGGGGAGGUCAAACCAAACCUCACUCGGACGCUCAGGAGGAUUCCUGGAAGAAGAUCUUGAGUUUUCUGCAGCAGCAUCUGUGCAGCAGCCUCAACGCCAAGCUGUGAACGAUAAAAUGACCGCCACAAAUCUGACAUACGAAGGAAAAUGUGAUGUUACCAACUGUUAACUUGGACCUUAAAUGUUUAGAAUUGCAGCCAUUAUUCUGUUUGAAGGACAUUUUACAACAAAUGUGGCUUUUUAAAAAAAUCAACUUAAGGAAGCUUUUCCGUUUUAAACAGUGUUAGUAACGCAGAAGGCUGCCAGUGUUUCAGUCACUGGAUGGGUCAAUGUAGGUACAAAGUCCUAAACAAAUACUGAGCACAAGAUAACGUGAUAAAUUUAUGAACAAAUACCCCUUAAUGUGCUACAUACCCUUAUAGAACAAUAAUAUAUUGUAAUAUAUAGGAAGAUAUAUUGCAUUAUAUUAAAUCAUAUAUUUCCAUAUAUAGUCAAUUGCAGCUUUGAUUUUUUAGUUUAUUGCAAUAUAUGUCUGGACCAUAUAUGGCUGUAUAUUGAUAUAUAUAACACAUAAUGCAGUAAAGACAAAAAAAAUCCAUCUAUUUUUACAUGUAAUUUUAUUGACAGUUUACAUGAAGCUAAACUGAUAUUCAUUUCUCUUUGCAUAGUUUUGAUUAAAAAAAAACUGUGUGAUGGUGUAGGUAAACUAAAUUUUGGUAAAAUGGUUGAAAAAGAGUGAUAUUUUCGUUUAACCACUGCAUCAAAAAUGAAACAGAUUUCAUUCAUAUAUGAAACAUAUUCUUUAAUGUGCCCAUAAAGGUCCACAAUUCUUUACAUAUUCAGACAAGUGAAGAUGUACAUGUAGACUACAUUACAGAUUUCAAAAAGUUUGACAAAAAAGCUUGAAAAAAAAACACUUUUCCCCCCAAUAUCUCUACUUGUUGGGAAAAUGAAGGUGACGCAGAUAAACCAGAUGUAAAAUUUGCCCUUAACAUUUCAGUCCUCCACACUGACUCUUGGAGGGAUACACGUAAAGAGUUUAUUUGUAAAAACAGAUAACUCUGUUUUGAUGAAUUUUCAGAAAACUUUUUCUUUUAUUGUUUACUUCAGAUAAUAUCAAUCAAACUGAAGUUGAGUGGGUUUGACCCAUUAGAAAAAUAUAUGACAACACAGAGAAAAAUGAAAUUAUUAUUGUUAUUAUUAUUAUUAUUAUCUCAAGAAAACAAUAAAAAAUUAGUUUUCUGAAAAUUUCUAAAAUGGAGUUGUCUGUUUUUGCAAAUAAACUCCUCAUGUAUAGAGGCUUGCAUAUUGUGACAUAAUUCUGACAUUAGCUCCUGGAUAAAAAAAAAAAAAAUAGCAUACAUAUUUAGCCAAAACAAUAUCUUCAAUACUAUUUCCAGAAUAAAACAAAGUUAGGAAAUCAGUAUGAAAAUAACUAGGCUAGGUAUCCUUCAAGGUGUUUUGAUGUUGCUGCCAAUAUUUUGAUACAAGUUCCUGAAUAUUUUUUGAAGGCAUUUUAAUAAAAUUCAUUUUAAUAAAUACAAAAUCAUAUCAGAGAUUAUGGUACAAAUCUGUGAUAAAUAAAAACAUAAUAAAUAUAUUUUUCAACACAGAAAGGUUUGGCUUAAGUUGUCUUUCCAGCUUUGGUUCACUUUCCAGCUCAUUCACGUUUUUCAACUCCAAGUUGCUUUACAACAUAUAAAAGACCACAACUUCAGUUUGACUGUUAAAAUAAACUAUGUUCAGAUUUAACAUGUUUAAGUUCAGUCAUGUUUUAUUUACAUCUGGUCUAAAUGCAUGUGGUCUAAAUGGAGGGGAAAAACAUGAAAUCUCCGCUUUUGUCCCGUUUAUAAAUAGCUUGAAGUAUAAGAAGCUAAAAACUUGUUUAUCUAUCUGUCUGUCUGUCUUAAAAAUUGUGAAUUCAAAUAAAAAGUGAUGUGUGUCA